AUGUGUCCCGGAGGAGGCAGCGGCAGCUACCCACUUCUCCAGUGCUUAAUUUGUAAGUUGGGAGGUGCUGGAACCAGAAGUGAGCCUGAGAGGGUUGACCUGGGGGUCUCUGAGCUAAAAACACACCUAAAAAUACACACUGGAGAGAAUCUGUAUUCCUGUACUGACUGUGGGAAGAGAUUCACAACACCAGGAGCUUUGGCAGUUCAUCAGAGAGUGCACACUGGAGGGAAGCCUUACUCCUGCUCUGACUGUGGAAAGAGUUUCUCUCAACUAGGCCACUUAAAAACACAUGAACGUAUACAUACAAGAGAGAAGCCUUACUCCUGCUCUGACUGUGGGACAAGGUUCUCUCUACUGGGCAACUUAAAAACACAUGAACGUAUACAUACAGGAGUGAAGCCUUACUCCUGCUCUGACUGUGGAAAGAGUUUCUCUCAACUGGGCCACUUAAAAACACAUGAACGUAUACAUACAGGAGUGAAGCCUUACUCCUGCUCUGACUGUGGAAAGAGUUUCUCUCGACUGGGCCACUUAAAAACACAUGAACGUAUACAUACAGGAGUGAAGCCUUACUCCUGCUCUGACUGUGGAAAGAGUUUCUCUCGACUGGGCCACUUAAAAAGACAUGAACGUAUACAUACAGGAGUGAAGCCUUACUGCUGCUCUGACUGUGUAAAAUGCUUCACAACAUCGGCUGAGCUACAAGUUCAUCAGAGAACACACACAGGAGAGACGCCUUACUCCUGCUCUGAUUGUGGAAAGAGUUUCUCUCGACUGGGCCACUUAAAAAGACAUGAACAUAUACAUACAGGACUGAAGCCUUACUGCUGCUCUGACUGUGUAAAAUGCUUCACAACACUAGCUGAGCUACAAGCUCAUCAGAGAACACACACAGGAGAGAAGCCUUACUCCUGCUCUGACUGUGGAAGGAGUUUCUCUCUACCGAGCACAUUAAAAAGACAUGAACAUAUACAUACAGGAGUGAAGCCUUACUCCUGCUCUGAUUGUGGAAAGAGUUUCUCUCGACUGGGCCACUUAAAAAGACAUGAACAUAUACAUACAGGAGUGAAGCCUUACUGCUGCUCUGACUGUGUAAAAUGCUUCACAACACCAGCUGAGCUACAAGUUCAUCAGAGAACACACACAGGAGAGAAGCCUUACUCCUGCUCUGACUGUGGAAGGAGUUUCUCUCUACUGAGCACAUUAAAAAGACAUGAACGUAUACAUACCAGAGAGAAGUCUUGCCACUGA